AUGAGACCCGGCAAGGGCUGCGCCAGCUGCCGCGACCGACAUCUGAAGUGCGUCACGGAGUCGGGCAAUACAUCGUGCACGCGGUGCCUGGAAGCCGAACGGCAGUGUACUUUCGGGCCUAAGUAUCUGUUCCGGCAGGUCUCGCAUGUUGAUGGACCCGGGCAGGGAGUGAAAGGUAGGCAGGAGUUGAGUUAUGGGAGGGAUCAGGUUUGGGUUUCGACGAGGAAGCAUUGUAAACGAGGAGCACCGAUAUCUGGACUACUUUCGCCAAUCGUGCCGUCUGAGGUUCCGAGAAGCAGUGGAGCGGCAACAAUUGAGAGCCUUCUGCGAUCUGAUACAUUGUCGGGGGCUCAGAAUGUGCUGAACUCGACACAACAUCGAGUCGCAAGACCUCAAACUGCCAGCCACGGGCCUGUCCAUGACUUCUCUUCUCCUGCUUCCAUCGAAGAGCUGACAAAACGGCAUGAAGACGGUCUAAACGCUACCUCCCCAUCAUUUUGUACUCCAUUCCCAGUCGGAAGCACCGAUGGACAAUCUCCAACACAGAGUCUGCCUACGCCGAGCGCGAUACCGAAGCCCAACCUCUCACGUAGGGAGGCUUACCUUGUCCAACACUUCAUCAACAAAAUAGGACCUUGGAUGGACGUCUGCGACUUGUAUAGUCACUUCACCCAUGAGCUUCCAAGGAGAGCCAUGCACAAGCCAUUGGUGCUCUUUUCUCUGUUGGCGAUCUCAUCUCGACACCUAGCAAUUCUGACUCAACAACCGGAGCCUGCGGAAGCCUCGUUUUAUCAUGGCCAAUGCCUUCGUCUGGUAAUCGAGCAGCUGGCACAGCCAGGUUCGAUCCACGACGACAACUUGCUCGCCACCGUUGUCUGUCUGCGCAUAUACGAAGAGAUCGAGCACAAAACGGAUAAUCAUCUCCAUCUAGCCGGUACGAGUCGCCUUCUCAGAGCGAUCCCAACAUUUGCACAUUCUGGAGGCUUAGGCGAAGCUGCUUGCUGGCAGUCUUUGCGUCAAGAUAUCUAUAUUUGCUUGACAAGAGGCCUACCGCCAAGUUUGGAUCUCGAAAGCUUUGAGGCAUCGUCCGUCUUCACCUUCCGCGACGAUGCGGCGUGUGCGAACAUCAUUGUCCUCUGGUUCGCGAAGAUUCUGCGACUUGCUUAUUCCAAUGACCAUAAGGCAUCGACAGAUUGGAAUCGGCUGGCACUCGACGUGGAAGCAUGGAAUGAUCGUCGGCUGAGGUUGUUCCAGCCUAUUUACUACGAAGACUUCGACACGACGGACGAUCGGCCUUUUCCGGUCAUUCACAUGAUUAGCCCGCCACAAGUUACCGCUUUGCAGUACUACCAUGCUUGUAAGGCAUUUCUCCUUCUUCAUAAGCCGCACGCAGAGGUGCUGUCUGGCUUUCAAGCUGCGAAACGCCGGCGAACAAUGGAGCGCGAUGUGACUUCGCACCUGGUUGCUAUCGUUGGGCUAGCGGAAUCGAACCCCUUCGUAGAGAACGCCAACUUCACAGCACACCAUCUUCUUCGAAUAGGUGGCUACUGUAUCACGAACCCAGUUCAACGUCAAUGUGUUCUGGAUUUCCUCGACCACGUCGAAAGAGUUAUGGGAUGGAGCACCUCGGCCACGAUUGCCUUACUGAAAGACCAAUGGAGUGACCUGGACUGUCCGAAUGAUUGA